AUGAAGUUCAGCAGCUCUACCAGUGCCGCCGUGUUGGGCAUUCUGAUAACCAGCUGCCAUGCCCAAGUCAAACUCCUCGCCACCAUUCCCGAACUCGCAGCCUACUGCAGUACCGUUGGCCCCAACACUUAUGUCGCAGUGCGCUACGAAAACACCAGCAACAUCGUGACAUAUGAUUUCAACGAGUGCUACCCGUACGAGCUCCCGACCGGUGGACUGGCCCAGGUUGCCGUCUUCUGCAAGACGACGACGUGCACCAACAAGCCGAACCCCGACUGCUCUGGUGGCGCGGUGCCGCCGGUUCCGGUCCCCAUCCCGGCCGGAACGGUUCUGCCGAAUGUGGUAGAUUUCGUACAGCUGCUCGGGCAGGGGGCGACGUGUCAGCGUAAUGGGCUGUCGUCGUAA